CGCGCUUUUCUUCUUUGGGAAGAACUCAUUGCAGCGAUCGACGCCGAAACUCGAAACUCCCGGUACAACCCUAACCCUAAAUAUUCCUUCCCCUUCCCCUCACCUGAUGGCGGCAAGAGGAACGCCGGUUGCGCAACAACCCGCACCAGCUGUGGUGCCGAUGGACGACGUGGUGCAAGCCCUAAUCGAGCACCUCGUCGAGCCCCUCCUCCCCGCGAGGGUUUCUUCGGCGGAGCCACCGACGAUCGACCAGCAGAACUCCGUAGCCAAACAGAUGCAUUCAGUUGUGCUUCUUUACAACUAUUAUCACCGGAAGCAAUUUCCACGGCUUGAGUUUCUUUGUUUUGAAGCUUUUUGCAAAGUAGCUACCAUAGCUAAACCAAUUCUUCUUACUUACAUGAAUGUUAUGCACAAGAAUGCUGAGGAACUACAAGAUUUGGACCAACAGCUCUCAGUUAUGGAAAAGAAGAUCAUGGAUGCCUGCAAUAUUUCUAAAACCUUAGAUGCAUUAAAAAAUGCUCCAAAUAUGGACGGAUGGCUGGUUUCUCGGGUUGCUGUAUUUCUUGUAGAUGCUUCCAAGGAAAAAUGUUUCCUUGACUUUGGGUCUAUGACACAGGGGGUCUGGUCUUUGGUGGAGAAAGAAAUUGACAAACCAAUUGCUUUAGUGAAUAGCAGAAAAAUGAAAAAACAUGCAUCCAAAAACAAAAGUUUCUCUUGUGACUAUUCAGAUGGAUUAUUGGAAAAUGAAGAUUCACUUCAGCAGCUUGCAUUUUCUGUUAUGGGGCAAAAGACAGGUAUUAGCUGCUCAAAGUUCUCUAUUCUAGAACGUCAUCUGACUUACUCAUUAACUCAGGAGAAGACAACUAUUAGGUUAUAUGUAAUGAUUUCAAUGGAAGUGGUGACUGACGGACUUGUGGAAUUUUCUAUUAAAGAUGUAUUGACCAGCUUGAGUGGGCCUCUCAUCGUGACUGGUUUAAUUCCUGAAGUGACAUCGGCUGUUGAAUACUAUCAUUUGUUGCCGUAUGUUAAUAUAUUGUCUAACUGGCUGUCCAGGUAUGUAACUAUUUAUCUAAUUGAAUGCCAUCUUAAACCCAGGUCACUAAGGAACAUGACAUCUUGGUUCGACUUUUGCUAUAACAUCAGCUUUACUGAACAGGGAAACAGGGUACUCACAGUGGAAUCUCAUGAAAUGAACAACUUGUCUGGCCAGGUUGAACAAAUUGUGGACACAAGUAGUAACAAUAUCAGUAAAGCUGCAAAUGAAGUAACAAACAAAAAGUGCAGUAGUUUGCAUCCUACAAAUGGCCCUAGCAAUGGCUGUACUGAGCAGGCGGACAUGCUCAAUUCGGUAAAGAAGCCACACAUCACCAAAAGCAAUGAAGGGAAAACUUUUGGCCAGGUUGAACAAAUUGUGGCCACAAGUAAUAACAACAUAGGCAAAACUGCAAAUGAAUUAACAAGCAAAAAGAGCAGCAGUUUGCAUCCUAGAAAUGACCCUAGCAAUGGCUGUACUGAGCAGGCGGACAUGCUCAAUUCAUCAAAGAAGCCACGUAUCACCAAAAGCAAUGAUGGGGAAACUUUUGGCAGGAAAAGCGUACAUCUUACUUCCCAAGAUGCAGCAUCUCCCUCUUUUCUACCACUCUUCCCAGUUCAGCAUACAUCUGAGAAUUAUGAUGAAUUUAAUUUUUUUAUGGCUUCAAAGAGAAAUGAUCUUCUUCAAGCUUCAUUAAGAAUUCUUAUAAAAAGACGAAAUGAUCUGGUUCAACAACAACGUUGUUUAGAAGACGAAAUUGCUCAUUGCGAAAUGAACAUCCAAGCGAUAGUGAACGGGCAAGGAAGCAUGAAAUCAAAAGUCGAGUCGAUGAUUGAAGCAUGUAAUGCUCUAUGUUCUGAUGUAAGAGGAUAUCCGCAAGAGAUCAAAGUCAAGAGAUUAUCGGAAGCAAUUCUUAGAUCAAAAAGCUCAUCUCAGGAACUCGAUGAUAUGUGUUGUGAGAAUGGUUGGAUUCUGCCGAGAUACACCGUGCUUCCGUCGACUGCUGACGGAUAUUUUCAGGCCAGCGUGACCGUCAGGGGGAUUGAUUUUGAGAUGACUGCGAACGGAGAUUCGAUGAGCAGUCCCUGUGAUGCACGUUUAGCUGCAGCUACCAACAUGUUAAGCAAAAUUCGCAGCAUGAUAGAGCAACAACGUGCAUGAACAACAACACAGCAUACCAACGUGAAGAAUAGUAGAUUGACACCAUGAAGGCUUUAGUAUAACACAGUAUCUUCCAUCUUAUUACAUCUUUGUUGUUUUGGAUGCAAGGGUGUUGGAAUACAAUUUAUGUUUAAUUUAGAAGAAUAGUAAAAGUAUAAAUUAUAU